UUGAGGAAGAAAACCGUCAUUUUGGGUAAAGGAACCAAGCCCAGAACGUGAGCGUGCAGAACGGCAAAGCCGACGGCACUUUGGAACGGAUCUCCUCCGCCCCGUGGAACCUGCCGUGGGGCUUGGUCUCCAACUCAGAUGUUCACCUGACCCAGGAAAACAUGGCUGCUGUGAAGAUGCGACUGAUGUAUAUGUCCCUGGUCCUUCUGGGAGCCCUUUGUGUGUAUUUCAGCGUGAACGAUCUGUCCUUUCUCCAAAAAGUGCCGUUUGCUUUCAAGAAAGAAGACGGGAGGUUCCUCCAGCUCCCAGACAUCGACUGCAAGCAGAACCCCCCCUUCCUCGUCCUGCUGGUGACGUCAUCCCACAAACAGAUGUUCGCUCGCCUGGUCAUCCGGAACACGUGGGGCAGGGAAAGGGUCGUGAUGGGAAAACGGAUAAAAACGUUCUUCCUUCUGGGAAGCAGCCCCAGUAAGAACGUGUCGAGAGCGGUGGCCCAGGAAGCCUGGCGGUAUCACGAUAUCAUCCAGAAGGACUUUGUGGACGCUUAUUUCAACUUGACUCUGAAGACCAUGAUGGGGAUAGAGUGGAUCCACCACUUCUGUCCUCAGGCGGCUUUCGUGAUGAAAACAGACUCGGACAUGUUUGUCAACAUCCACUAUCUGACUGAGCUGCUGCUCAAGAAAAACAGGACGACGCGUUUUUUCACCGGCUUCUUAAAAAUGAACGAAUUUCCCAUUAGGGAAAAGGAAAAUAAGUGGUUUGUCAGUAAGUACGAGUAUCCGUGGGACAGGUACCCACCUUUUUGCUCCGGCACAGGCUACGUUUUCUCCAGCGACGUCGCGAGUCAGGUGUAUGACGUCGCCGGAAGCAUCCCCUUCCUUAAACUGGAAGAUGUCUUUGUGGGGCUCUGCCUCGCAAAGCUGAAAAUCGGCCUGGAGGAGCUUCACUCCAAGCAGACCUUCUUCCCAGACGGGUUGAACUUUUCCACGUGCCGUUUUAAGAAGAUCGUGGCCUGCCAUUUUAUCCAGCCUCAGAAGAUGCAGAUAUACUGGCAGGCUCUGGAAAAUUCCGUGGGGGAAGAGUGUCCAGCUGAGUGA